UGCACCUCCAGCCUCAAGACAUGUCCUGCUACAACCCCUGCCUGCCAUGCCAGCCCUGCGGCCCGACCCCACUGGCCAACAGCUGCAACGAGCCCUGUGUCAGGCAGUGCCAGGACUCCAAUGUCUUCAUCCAGCCCUCCCCCGUGGUGGUGACCCUGCCCGGACCCAUCCUCAGCUCCUUCCCGCAGAACACCGCCGUGGGCUCCUCCACCUCCGCUGCCGUUGGCAGCAUCCUCAGCUCUGAGGGAGUGCCCAUCAACUCUGGGGGCUUCGGACUCUCCAGCCUUGGCAGCUUUUUUUCCUCCCCUGCUAAAGCUGCUGACGAUGGCCCCGGGGAAGACCCCACAUCCCCCACGUACCGGACUGGGGACGGAGCAUCAGCUUGUUGCUUCCAGAGGGGCUGA